CCGGAUCUGCCGGUGGUCGGCCCUCGGGGCUCGGCAGGCGGGCGCCGCGCCGAGUUUCUGCCCCUCCCGCGCGGAACGGUGGCGGGCGGGGACGGCGCCGGGAGGCCGCCUGGCCGGGAGCCUUGGUGACCGCCCGCCGCUGGCCACCGGCCGCAGGCCGCCGCGCGACCCGGAGGGGGUUAACCGCGGUCGGGCGCGGACGGGAGCGCGUGAGGCUCCGGAGCGCGAGCCCGGCGCAGCCCUCGGGAGUGCACAGGGGCGCGCGGGAGCGGGGAUGGAGGACGGCUUGGCCGGGCCCCGACACGGGGCGGCGGCGGAGGCGGCCGAGGCGCGAGCGCGGCCCGAGGUGACGCUGCGGCCCUUCGCGCCCCUCUCAGGGACUGCCGAGGCGGACGAGGGCGGCGGCGACUGGAGCUUCAUUGACUGCGAGAUGGAGGAGGUGGACCUGCAGGACCUGCCCAGCGCCACCAUCGCCUGCCACCUGGACCCGCGCGUGUUCGUGGACGGCCUGUGCCGGGCCAAAUUUGAGUCUCUCUUUAGGACAUAUGACAAGGACAUCACCUUUCAGUAUUUUAAGAGCUUCAAACGAGUCAGAAUAAACUUCAGCAACCCCUUCUCCGCAGCAGAUGCCAGGCUCCAGCUGCAUAAGACUGAGUUUCUGGGAAAGGAAAUGAAGUUAUAUUUUGCUCAGACCUUACACAUAGGAAGCUCACACCUGGCUCCGCCAAACCCCGACAAGCAGUUUCUGAUCUCCCCUCCCGCCUCUCCACCAGUGGGGUGGAAGCAAGUGGAAGACGCAACCCCAGUCAUAAACUAUGAUCUCUUAUAUGCUAUCUCCAAGCUGGGGCCAGGGGAAAAGUAUGAAUUGCACGCAGCGACUGACACCACUCCCAGCGUGGUGGUCCACGUAUGUGAGAGCGAUGAAGAGAAGGAGGAAGAAGAGGAGAUGGAGCGAAUGAAGAGACCCAAGCCAAAAAUUAUCCAGACCAGGAGGCCGGAGUACACGCCAAUCCACCUCAGCUGAACUGGCACGGGACGAGGAUGCAUUCCAGAUCAUACUCACGGGAGGAAUCUUUUGCUAUGGAGGUGGCCGGUCACGACUUCUUCGGAGGUGGGAGCCGAGAUCGGGGUGGCAGAAAUCCCAGUUCAUGUUGCUCAGAAGAGAAUCAAGGCCAUGUCCCCUUGUUCUAAUGCUGCACACCAGUGACUGUUCAUGGCACCCGGGAAUGGCUUGGGCCAAUCCCCAAGUUUGUGGUGAUUGCACAAGGACAUUUGGGACUGUCUUGAGAAAACUGAUCAUGAUAGUGUUUUGUACUUGUUCUUCUCUGGUAGGUUCUGUCUGUGCCAAGGGCAGGCUGGUCAGUGGGUUCGGGAGAGAGCUUCCUGUUUCUAAGCAGCCCACAGGGUCCACUCUCUACCGGUGGGAAGAGGUACCACAGGAAGCCACCUAGUGCAGAGAGGUCGUGAAAACAGCAGCAAUGCAGCGUGGAAAUUGUCGUGUUUCCUUUCUUCCCUCAUGUUCUCAUGUUUGUGCAUGUAUAUUACAGAUUUUCAAAACUAACCUUUGUUCGUGUAUGAAGUUACACCCUUGUUUUACAUCUUUUGGGAAGCCAGGAAAGCAUCUGGAAAACGUAUCGUCUUUCCCAGAUUCUCAGAUUCUCGACGCUCUUUGCAACAGCACUCGCUGGUGGAACGCUUCCUGGAAUACCUUCACCCAGUGUCCUAAACUGUGCAACAUGUAACCUGUGCUUCUGCAAAAGCAGUCGAUCUGAAGUUCCUCUGUAGUGUUUAGCUUAGACAAUUCAGAGAAUAGCAGUUUCACUGCCAACUUGUAGUGGGUGAGACAUUUUAGUUUAGGUGUUUGGGGUCGGACAUCAGUUUCUGUUAUUUCUUUGGUGUGGUGGUUUCUAUACAUGAAUCGUAGCCAAAAACUUUUUUGGAAACUGUUGGUUGGUUUUUUUACCCCACUAAGACAUCAAGAAAAAGCUUGUAAAUAAAGCUGAUAGCAUAUAUUCAUACCUGUUGUACGCUUGAGUGAAAAGUAUGGCAGUGGGAGACUGAGUUGUAUUAAUCUACCUGUGAAUCGUGUGUCGUAGAAAGUGCUGUCCCCAUGUCUAACAGGACUUGAAUUCAAAGCAUGUCAAGUGGAUAGUAGCUCUGUGGUGAUAUGAGAGGGAUGCAGUGCCUUUCCCCAUUAAUUCCUGCUGGAAUUCUUAUACUAGGUUUAACAUUUGUAAUUUUUUUCUAGUUGUAACGUGUAUGUCUGGUAAAUAGGUAUUAUAUUUUGGCCUUACAAUACCAUAACAAAGUUUGUCAUUUUGAAAUACCUAAUGCCAAGUAACAAUGCAUGCUUUGGAAAUUUGGGAGAUGGUUUUAUUAAAUGCUUUGAUGGUUUAUAUCAAGAAAUUGAUUGAACAUUCUCACACCCUGUUUAUGGUACUUGGUAUGAGGGAGCCUGUUUGGGAGAGACCAUGGCAUCACCGUCCAGGUGUUUCAAGUUAAGUGCUUUUAAACUGGAGAGGCUAACCUCAAAAAAUAUUUUUUUUAACUGCAUUCUAUAAUAAAUGGGCACAGUAUGCUCCUUA